AUGUUCCUGACUGCUUCCGGUGAUCAGACAAUUAAACUUGUCGACGCGGAAAGGGGUUCAGUAGUUUGCGUUUAUCUGGGCCAUUCAAUGUCUGUCCGCUCUCUUGCCCUUCUACCUCGCGACAACCAUAUAUUCGCGUCGGCCUCACGCGAUGGAUCGAUACGACUUUGGGACUUGCGCUCUGAGCCACAUUGUCAGAAUUCUGAUGGUUUCUCAGAUUUGGCGUUGGAUUCGCACAGAAGUCGUCUGUACGCCAGCUGUCUUGAUCACACCAUUUACGAGUACGACUUGAAUUCUCCAUCCACUCGUCCAAUGUUCCUCUACACCGGCCAUCUGACAAGCUCCUUCUACAUAAAAAUGUCAGUCAGCCCCGACGACGCCUACCUGGUGUGCGGCAGUGCGGACAGCCGAGCGUACAUCUACACAGUGGGGGAACGCAGCCAGCACCCCCUGGUCCUGUCAGGCCACUCGGGCGAGGUGUCGGUGCCUAGCUGGUGUCCCGGCGAUCCAACUCGUCUGGUGACGCUCUCCGACUCCGCCCAGCUCUUUGUCUGGCGCAUGUUCCCCGCGAGGGCCUACACGAUUCCUGAGCCCGGAGAUCUGAUGGGCUUGACUGAACGACUCUCGCGUCCAACAAUGACCGCCGACACCCAGACAACGCUGCUGGUGCCCGCGUCGCCGCGUAAGCCAGUGGACACGGCGUGUUUGUCGGAAAGUGCGGCGCUGCAGUCCCUCUCAACCGGCACCUCGCCGUACAUUGCUCGACGCCGGCGACAGUUAAAUAUUCGCGACUUCCUCCUCGACAUGCCUCUAAGCACUGCUUCCGCACGCCCACCCAUUCUUGGAUCGGUCAUUUCCAGAAGCGAUACCACGUGUGAACCCUUGUCGGCGAAAGCCUCUAUCGUGUGUGGGUCGCGUAUCGUCCACCGCUACCCCUCUCUGCCCACCUCAUCGGGUCAUUCUCUGCCUUCCUGUGAUUUUUCCUCCUCGUCCUCAACCACAAUCCCCACCUCUCCACCCUCUUCGAAAACCUCCACUUUCGACGAUGCAGAGGUCGUCUUGGCUUCCCCUGCAACAGAUUUUACUGAUGAAAACACCCCGACACGUCCCCGUCCCGUCAACGCAUGUCAGCCUAGUUCUGUCCACCAUCGUUUGCAUCCGAAAAGACUAUUUCCAGAAUCCCCGAAGGGUUCAAGUGGCAAAAACCCCUUCGAGCCGGCUCCCACGUUCCUGCGUGACGUCACCAACUCAAAGGUGAGUCUGCCUCAACCCGUGAUUUGCAAAUCAUGGUGA